AUGAACUACCUCUUCGAACAUCUCCUCCUUCUCUUAUCCCUCCUCACAUCCCUCUCCCUCUCCCUUCCUCAUCGCACAAUCAAUGUCAAACGCGGUGGGACAAUCCAAUCCGCCAUUAACCUCGCCAAACCCGGCACUACCAUCAUAGUCCCGCCGGGCGUCUACACCGAACAACUAAGCAUAACCACCUCCCACAUAACCCUAAUCGGGCACAACAGCAUCCUAACCCCUCCCUCAACAUUCAAAAACAAUACCUGUACAAACCUCGCCGGCGGCGGCACACAAGCCGGGAUCUGUAUCUCCGGUUCAAAAAUAGUAUUACAAGACCUCAAAGACUUCAACGGAGAACACUUGAAAGUCCUUUCCGUCGGAAAAUCCAUAAAAGGAACCACAAUAACCGGCUUCACCAUCAAAAACUUCGGAGGUCUGGGUAUCGCCAUCGUCGGUGGUGAAAAUACAGUGAUAAAUGGGAAUACGGUUACCAGUUCCUCGCAAUAUGGAGUUUUAACCGUCGGUUCCGAGAAUACGAAGAUAUCUAAUAAUGUAGUUUCGUCGGUACCGGGGGUAUUUCAAUUCUAUUUUAUUGGAAUAUGUAUGGACGAUCGAUCUAGCGUUACCAUCUCACGCAACGAUAUUUCAUCGUAUUUUAUCGGUUUAUGCGUGCAAACUCCACGUGCGAAUGUUUAUGAAAAUUAUGUGCACGGUGUAUGUGCGGGUGCUUUUGUUGAUCCUGGGGUUGAGGGGGCUAGGAUAAGGAGGAAUAGGUUUGCGGAUACGUUACCAUCGUGUCCUGCCAAUACACCGGUGUUUUCGAGUGGGGUUACUAUAUCAGGUGGGAUUGGGACACUGGUGGAAGGGAAUAGGUUUGAGAGUUUGAGGAACGGGGUUGUUAUUGUUGACGAUGAUGGUGGUGAUAAUGGGGGGACGAAGGUUGUGGCGAGGGGGAAUGUGGUUUUGGGGAAUUGGUUUAGGGGGGAUGGAGUGGAUUUGGUUGUGAACUCGACGGGGAGGAAUGUGGUGAGGGGCAGUGGAUGUAGGACUUCGAGUCCUCAGGGGAUUUGUAGGAUUCAUUUGUAUUAG